AUGACGGAGAAAAGCUUAGCACCUUUUCACCGGAAUCGAAGUAGAUUGCCUCGGAAACAGCGUCAGCAUGAAGCUUCCAGUAAAGCCAAUCGACAGCUGGUCAAGAAGAAUCCGCCGUCGUCUUCUGGUGGAACCUACCUUCGAAUCUCUUCACUUAAAACUUUCACUCAAAAUGGAAGUAAGCUCAACAAUUAUGAAUCAAGAGAUUCUUCGAAACCCAACUUUUCUUCGCAAGAAUCGUUAACACGAUUGAUCAACCUGACAGAGUCUGCUAUAUUAUUACGCAGUCCUCCCUCCAUAGGUCUUACUACAGUCUCUCUCUUGCCCCGUAAGAUCGGUCUGCUCUCUCUCUCUUGUUCACGUAUUUCACUCGACCCCUGCCACCCCAUCUGUGCUACUCGAGGCGUUAUUACCCCUCCAUUAUGUCUGAGUGACUUAUUCGAGGCUCAAGCCUUUGAGUAA